ACGACCCAGAGACCCACUACGACCCAGAGACCCACUACGACCCAGAGACCCACAACGACCCAGAGACCCACUACGACCCAUAGACCCACUACGCAGAAACCAACGACCCAGAGACCGACGACCCAGAGACCUACAACGACUCAGAGACCCACAACGACUCAGAGACCCACUACGACCCAACAACCCACCUCUACCCAUUUGCCGACCACGACCCAGCGACCCACCACUACCGAGAUACCUUCAACGCGACCCCCAACUUUGCCUCCUUCGCAAUGCGCAACAGUUCCUGCUUACAAGAACAUAACGUUCAAGGGAUGUGCGAGUAAAGUUCCCAUAGACGUAGGCUCGUGUCUUGGCCACUGUUCUUCAAACACAACAGCAAUGAUGAUCCCUCCGUACUACCAAUCAAAUUGUCUCUGCUGCAAACCAACACAGCUUCGACCAAUCAAAAUCCUUUUGUCGUGUGGCGAGAACGACUUCCUAGAACGACAGCUGGCCGUUAUUACUGCAUGUUCAUGUGAGCAGUGUUCGUACGAACCAAUCAUAAUGCAAGAACAGCCACAAAUGGAGACAAGAGCUCCUCAGGAAAUUCGAAGGGAACUUGAAGUUGAGCAGUUGUUUGAUAAUUUUAUGAAUUACGACGGGGAAAGAGACGAGGGAAUGUAGUCAGGGUUUUUUGUUUGGGGAUAAAGGGACGUAAAAGUAGUUUUUUAGAGUGAAUAGAUAGCGGAAGUAAAGUGCUAGGCACUGCAGAUAACGGCACUUAGUGACGUAUUAAAAUAUGAUGUAAACAUUGCAGUUCGUUGAAUAAAACGUAUUUAACUAAUUCA